AUGGCCGCUAUUAGGCAAAUCGAAUGCCGCCCCCCUCACCCCUCGCCCCGCCACCCGGAUGAAUACACGGGCCGUUGGCUCGGCACCAAGGAUUCAAUUUACCCGAAUCGACAUCGGUCAUUCGGCAUGCGUGCGUCGCCCAUAAUGCGGUACGGAUUAUUCGCGGCACGCCUCCACAAGGUCACACCGCACGAGGGUAUGCAACACGGCGUCGGUACGCUACGGAGCGGAUACCGAUUCUAUCAACAACCCAUAAACCGCAUGCUCUCCUUGUCUCCCACCUUGGUGCGAGCGCGGCGGCGAGCGAGACAGAAAUCGACGAGUUUAAUGGGCCGUUACGCGGGAAAAAAUCAGUACGCAUUCGCGACUGUAGAUACGCGAGUGAUAGGAGGCGGAAGGAUAUCCGCGGCCUGGUGCAAGUGCAGUGGUGGGCACGUGGUGAUCGGGACGCGAUGGGUGAUGCGG